AUGGCAAAGCGCAGUCAGCCGGAGGCGCUGGACGAUACAAACCGAAUCAAAAACAAGGCCUCGGCGCGCCCUGGGGAGCCCCAUGCGAUCGCCACCCCUUCUUGGCUGCCCCUGGGUCCUGGGGGCCAGUUCCGGCCCAGCUUGACCAGCGCCCCGCAGACCCAGCUGGGUGCAGGCGAGGACCCGUACGACUGUGUGAAACGGGGCGACGGGUCCCUGCAGGCGCAGGGGGCCAGCCUGCCGGACACCUUCGGGGGCUCCAAGGCCCAGUCCCAUGGGCCCUCGCCCGGUGGCCCCACACCCCGGGGGGUGCUGGGGGAGGGGCUGGCGCGGCGAGGGGCGCAGGUACACACCAUCGCUCCCGCUGCGGCCCGGCAAGGCGGGGUGCUGGGGCCCCGGCUUUCUAAGCAGGAAGUGCAUCCUGGCAGACCGGGCGCCCCCGCAGGCCUCGUGAAGCUGGGCAUCCACUGUGUCACCUGCCAGAAGGUGGCCAUCAAGAUCGUCAACCGCGAGAAGCUCAGCGAGUCUGUGCUGAUGAAGGUGAGGGGCCGCAGGUACCUGGUGCUAGAACACGUGUCUGGCGGGGAGCUCUUCGACUACCUGGUGAAGAAGGGGAGGCUCACCCCCAAGGAGGCCCGCAAGUUCUUCCGGCAGAUCAUCUCCGCAGGCCCAGGGCAGCCAGGGCCCGGGGGUGGGGCCACGUGGGGCCGGGAGCCCCGGCCCCCCUCAUCCCUCACCCACCGAGACCUGACAGGCGACCCUGGGCCCCACGCCCGGGCGGAAGGGAAGGAGAGGGUCCCGAGGCCACUGGCCGUGUCCUGGGGUUCAGACCGGCUUCCAGGGGACACCGCAGCCCUCCUGGGCCAGGAGAGGCAGGUAGGGACAGCGGGACUCCGGGACGCCUGGGGUGUCCCCCUGGGGAAAGAGCCCGAGCCGCUCCCCGCACUGAGCGGGCCUCCUGCCUGUGUCCCCAGGUCUAGGUCCAUCAGCGGCGCCUCCUCUGGCCUGUCCACCAGCCCGCUGAGCAGCCCCCGGGUGACCCCACACCCUUCCCCGAGGGGCAGCCCCCUCCCCACCCCCAAGGGGACGCCCGUGCACACGCCGAAGGAGAGCCCGGCUGGCACGCCCACGCCCACGCCGCCGUCCAGCCCCAGCGUCGGAGGGGUGCCCUGGCGCACGCGGCUCAGCUCCAUCAAGAACAGCUUCCUGGGGUCGCCCCGCUUCCACCGCCGGAAACUGCAAGUGCCCACUCCGGAGGAGAUGUCCAACCUGACGCCAGAGUCGUCUCCAGAGCUGGCCAAGAAGUCCUGGUUCGGGAACUUCAUCAGCCUGGAGAAGGAGGAGCAGAUCUUCGUGGUCAUCAAGGACAAGCCCCUGAGCUCCAUCAAGGCCGACAUCGUGCACGCCUUCCUGUCGGUGAGCGGCGGCCGCCUGCCCGGGGCGUCCCCACGGGCCACUGUGGGCGUCCCCGGCCCUGCUGCGCCACCCCCGAGGCCCCUAGAGUGUCUUUUUCACACGUCUCCCUCCCUCCUCUCUCCGUUCUGUGCUCCAGACACCACUAACUGUAUGGAAAUGAUGACGGGGAGGCUUUCCAAAUGUGACGAGAAGAACGGGCAGGCGGCCCAGGCCCCCAGCACGCCCGCCAAGCGGAGUGCCCAGGGCCCCCUCGGUGACGCCACGGCCGCGGGCCCUGGCCCCGCCAGCCCUGCCCGGCAGCCCACGCGGGUCGCGGAGCUGGCGGCCUCCCGCCGCUGCAGAGCCCAGGCUGAGAGCACGGGCAACGGGGCCCGCGGAGGCACGGAGCCCACCGAGCCCGGGCGGACAGCAGAGGAGAAAGGCUGCGUGCCCUGCGACGAGACGGACGCUGAGAGCGGGGAGCGGGGCCCCUCGCUUCCGGUGUCGGCUGGCGGUGCUGACCUGCGACCCCUGCAGCAAGGAGGCCUGCUUCAGGUGGACGGCCACGCCUCGCUCGGCUUCCGCUGUCCACCUGCCCGCCCGCUGUGGCCAGCAGGCAGGGACGGCGGCCCCCUCCUGGAGGAGGGCCCAGCCAGAGCCUGGCCGCCGAGCCCGGAGGAGCGUGGCCCCCCGGAGGGCCUGGCGGCGUCCUCUGGAGACACGGCGGCCGGCACUCGGGCCUCCCCCUCAGCUGGUGCCUCUGCCCGGCCCACGUCUCAGGUCAGCCGCUGGAGGGUCAGCCGCUGGAGGACACUGGGGCCUGCGCGCAGGGACAGCUCGCCGCCGCCGGCCCAGGACUGCCCGCCGGGCCCCCAUCAGUAG